CGCUUCUGCAGCUGUGGGCCCACCAUGCCAGCUGUCCAGCUGCUGCUCCUGGCCUGCCUGGCAUGGGGUGGGGGGUCUAGGACAGCCCAACUCUGGAAGGCUGACGAUCGGAGCAGCCGAUGCCAGUACACCUUCAGCGUGGCAAGCCCCCAUGAAUCCAGCUGCCCUGAGUCGGGCCAGACCAUGCUGGCCAUCCAGGACCUCCAGAGAGACAGCAGCACCCAGCAUGCAGACCUGGAGGCCACCAAGGCCCGGCUCAGCUCCCUGGAGAGCCUGCUCCAGCGGCUGACCAGGGAUCAAUCUGCUGGACCCCAGGACACCGAAGAGGGAAUGCAGAGGGAGCUGGGUACCCUGAGGAGGGAGCGGGACCAGCUGGAAAGCCAAACCAGGGAGCUGGAGACGGCCUAUAGCAACCUCCUCCGAGACAAGUCUACUCUGGAGGAAGAGAAGAGGCAACUGGGUCAGGAGAACGAGGACCUGGCCAGGAGGCUGGAAAGCAGCAGGCAGGAGGUAGCAAGGCUGAGAAAGAGCCAGUGUCCCCAGGCCCAAGACACGCCACAAGGCUCCAGGGAAGUUUCUAAAUGGAAUUUGGAGAAUUUGGACUUCCAGGAACUGAAGUCAGAAUUAACUGAGGUCCCUGCUUCCCAAAUCCUGAAGGAGAGUCCAUCUGGCCAUCCAAGGAGCAAAGAGGAAGACAUGGGAUGUGGAGAGCUGGUCUGGGUAGGAGAGCCUGUCACUCUGAGAACAGCUGAAGCGAUCACUGGGAAGUACGGUGUGUGGAUGAGAGACCCCAAACCCACCUACCCUUACACCCAGGAGACAACAUGGAGAGUCGACACAGUCGGCACAGACAUCCGCCAAGUUUUUGAGUACGACCACAUCAGCCAAUUCGUGCAGGGCUACCCUUCCAAGGUACACGUGUUGCCCAGGCCACUGGAAAGCACAGGCGCCAUGGCGUAUGGGGGGAGCCUCUAUUUCCAGAGGUCUGGAUCCAGGACUGUGAUCAAGUAUGAGCUGAACACUGAGACUGUGAAGGCCGAGAAGGACAUCCCUGGAGCUGGCUACCACGGGCAGUUCCCAUAUUCUUGGGGCGGCUACACAGACAUCGACUUAGCUGUGGAUGAGACAGGUCUCUGGGUCAUCUACAGCACCAAGGCCGCCAAGGGUGCCAUUGUCCUUUCCAAACUGAACCCAGAGAAUCUGGAACUUGAGCAAAGCUGGGAGACUAACAUCCAUAAGCAGUCAGUCGCCAAUGCCUUCAUCAUCUGUGGCACCUUGUACACUGUCAGCAGCUACUCAUCAGCUGACACUAUGGGCAACUUUGCUUAUGACACAGGCAUGGGCAGCAGCAAGGCCCUGACCAUCCCAUUCAAGAACCACUACAAGUACAGCAGUGUGAUUGAUUACAACCCCCUGGAGAAGAAGCUCUUUGCCUGGCCCAACUUCAACAUGGUCACCUGA